ACACACAUACAUAUCUAUUGAGAAGUUAGAACCACGUAGCCGUUGCCUACCUGGCAAGCUCUCAGAGUUCACUCACACACGAGAACACAACCUGUCGCGACUGCCGCGACUCGCUUACAUUUCUUUCAAAAAUAUUUGAGUGGAUUUUUAAAAAUCUGUUAAUAGAUGAUAAUUGGUUUAAGGCUUAUUCGUAAUUUUUCUGAAGCUGGUUAGACCAGCCAGUGAUCAUUGUGUAUUUUAAGUAAAUAUAUUCAUUAUGCCGUAUAUAAUGGUAAUGGGCAGCUUGACUGCACCACAUCUUUCCAAAGAUGAAGCUACUGUUUACGGAUUGAAAAGUGAAGAACGAGCGGAACUAGUAAGGGAAUUAAACUCGUCAUUCGGUAUAGAAGUGGCGACUUCGUUGGAUCUAGAGCGGGCUGUGCGUGUUACUCAAAAGGGUGUCACUUUGGUGGUCGUGAAUCGAAUCCACGGACUGUUCGGUUACGAUGUUGUAUCACAUGCCAUGGCGAUGACAAACGCAAAUCGAGAAUUGAUCUCAUUCACCAUGUACAAGAAGACUAAUAGCCACUCCCACGGACAUAGCCACAGCCACAAAAGUCACUCACACAACAGCGUUGUCACGCUUUGACGACCAUUUGUAUGAACGUGACUAGAUGAAACCUUUUUUUUAUGAUAAUAUCGUGAUCUUAAAAUAAUAAUGUAACUAUUAUGUAUUAUUAAAUAUAGGGUACAAUAAAUAUAACGUAUUUCA